AUGGACGUCGAGGAGUCUCCGUGGGCCGACUCGAGCCAGACCGCCACCGCCGCGCAGGGUGGCUCCGCAUCCGCCACCUCAUCAACGACGGCGCCGGCCGCCGGCAGCGCCUCAUCCCCGUCGUCGGCCGUGCGGCCCUCACGCGGCCCUCGCCGUCUCGUCGCCCAGCCCACGCGUCUCGAAGCUGUCGAGGACCCCCUUGGGCCGCUGAGCGCCGCAAACGACGACGAUGCCGGGCCCGCCGAGGCGACCCCCCCGGUGCCGCCGCAAAAGGAGCAGCUGGUGAUGCGCACGACCAUGCCACCGCAGCACGCCCAGCCGAGACGCCCAGCCGAUCCGCACCGUAUCGACGACGACCACCUGGAAGCCGGAUCAAGGGGCCCUCGCGUGCCGCCCCCAGUGGACGCGGCUCUGCCGAGCACGAAUCAGAGCAGCCAGCAGCCCAGCGUCAGCGUGGAGCAGGCCGCCAAGCCGAGUUUCUAUAUCAGUGUUGGAGAUCCAGUCAAAAUUGGUGAUCUGACAAGCUCUCACAUUGUCUACUCUGUGCGGACAAAGACUACUUCCCGCGCUUACAAGCAGCCUGAGUUCGAGGUGAAGCGUCGCUACCGAGAUUUUCUCUGGCUAUACAACUCUCUACACGCAAACAACCCCGGCUAUGUGGUGCCCCCACCUCCCGAUAAGCAGGCCGUCGGCCGCUUCGACAGUAACUUUGUCGAAGCCAGACGUGCAGCCCUGGAAAAGAUGCUGAACAAGAUCACCGCACACCCGACCCUGCAACACGAUGGCGAUGUCAAGAUAUUCUUGGAAAGCGAAGCCUUUAAUGUGGAUGUGAAGCAAAAGGAGCGUCGUGAUCCUCUGCCCUCGGAGAGCAAGGGCGUGUUGGGCUCGCUCGGCAUCAAUGUCGGCGGUGGCAGCAAGUUUGUCGAGCAGGAUGACUGGUUCCACGACCGCAAGGUGUACCUUGAUGCGCUGGAGAGCCAGCUGCGAGGAUUGCUCAAGGCCAUGGAGACGAUGGUUGGGCAGCGCAAGAUGAUGGCCGAGGCCGCUGGCGAGUUCUCUGCUUCUCUCCACGCUCUAUCAACCGUGGAGUUGUCGCAGUCACUGUCGCAGCCUCUCGACGCUCUCUCCGACCUGCAGCUCACUAUUCGCGACGUCUAUGAUCGCCAGGCGCAGCAAGACGUGCUGACGUUUGGCAUCACGAUUGAAGAGUACAUUCGCCUGAUCGGCUCCGUCAAGCAGGCUUUUAGCCAGCGUCAGAAGGGCUUUUAUGCGUGGCACUCGGCGGAGUCGGAGCUGCAGAAGAAGAAGGCUACUCAAGAUAAACUGCUGCGCCAGGGCAAGAGUCAGCAGGACCGCCUGAACCAGAUGAAUGCCGAAGUCGCCGAGGCCGAGAAGAAGGUGCACCAAGCCCGGCUCUUGUUUGAAGACAUGGGUCGUUGUAUGCGUACUGAGCUGGAUCGCUUUGAGCGCGAAAAGGUGGAAGACUUUAAGAGCGGUGUCGAGACAUUUUUGGAGAGUGCCGUCGAAGCACAGAAGGAGCUCAUUGAGAAGUGGGAGACGUUUUUGAUGCAGCUCGACGCCGAAGAUGAUGCUUCGGCAUUUUACAAGCCCCCAGUAUACCAGGCCGCGAGCAAGGGAACGGGCGACACGGCCAUUGAUCGUGCAAGGGCGAGAAUCGACGAAGAUUCGGAUUAA